AUGGCCCAUUGCGCAGGCAUUUUUGAUCGAGCUGCGUUGCUGCCUGAGGUCUUCUGUGAUCCAGAUCGUUUGGCCACCGCCUGUGUCCAGCCACAAUCGCGUGGACAAAUAAAGCGCCUGCUGUUGGCUUUGACCCCCGAGUACCAACGCCUGGCCUUGGAGCGGGUGCCGGAGGACUUCCGUGGCUACUUCCAAGCAGAACUGGCCAAGCCCAAGGUGUGCGUGGGCAUGAGCGGCGAGCGCUGCGCCUUUGCUCUUGCAGCACGUGGAGGCCCAGCUCAGGUUCUGGGCAAGCUCCGGCGCUUAUCAGUGGCUGCCCGUGCCCGUGCUUUGGACGAACGCCUGCCGCCCGACACGGUAGAAUAUUUUGAAGCGCAGCUGCAGGGUCCGGCGCCCAAGCGCGCGGCUGGGCGGGGAAGCCGGCGCCUGCUGGACAGGCAGGAGCUCCCCAUCUUGUGGAGAGGUGCCCUGGCAUCGCGGCAGACAGCUGCAGCCCCAGCGUCGGCUGCGACAAAGAAGAAAUAUCGAGAGCAGGUUCUGGCAGACAGGGCUCGGGCACGGCGCCGCAUGGGCCAGCCCUCAAAGCGAACGCCGGCUGGCGAGGCCGUCGAGAAUACCACUGGGUUGCCCCCGGCGAAGCGCCGCCGGCUGGUCGAGGACUUCGAGCGUUGGUGCCUUUUCGACUCCUGGAGCAUGUGCGAGAAUUGCGGCCUCCUCGCGCCUCGCGACCUCACAGAGAGCACGCUCAACAAGCCCCAGCCACCCACCAAUCCUUCAGGCAAGUGCUCCAGAUGCAAAGCUGCGCGCGUGCAGCCGGUGGUGACGCUGGCUGAUGUGCCAGAGGUUCUGCGGGAGCUGUCUGCAGAGGCUGCGCAAGCAUUGUCGCCUUUGGAGAUCGACGUGGGCCCGGUCGUGCGCGCAGAGCACAAAUCCGGCUACCGCCAGAAGACGACCAUGAUCCGCUUCCGCUGGCAAACGACUACAGUGAAGAGGCGCAUCAAGCACUUGCAGGACGUGAACAUGCGGACGAAGGCCCGCGCAGCCUACGACUUCUUGAUGGCCUCGGACGACACACCCUAUGCGACCUUUGUGGCCGAGCAUGCGGAGUUUCUGGAAGAACACCCCGGCGCCGACGAGCUCACUCGCCGUCGCCGGCUGCAAUUCAUUGAACGUCUCGGCGUGGAGUGCGCCCUCUGGCCUGGUUUGUUCUGGGAUGUGAAGCGCACCUUCACUCACGAGCGUGCCACGGAUCCCAGGCGGGUGAUUCGGCAGGAGCGGGCAGCCACCUUGGAGGACGUGCUGAAUGCCGGUCGGGCCGCUGAGCGUGCAGCCUUUCCUGCUGCAGAAAGCGAUGAGGAGGUUGAGGGCAACGACGACAGCGAAGAGGAGAGCCAGGUGGCAGAUGAGGAGGACGCAGAAGCAAAUGACGCCACACGCCACAGCAUGAAACGUCUCUUUGCUGCUUUGGCGCUGGGUCGUCUCCUGGGCUACGCGGGGGAUUUCGAGCUUCUCCAGUUCGUUUAUGACCUCAACCUCUGGAGCAGCAUCGGUUCCAAGAAGAACCUGCAGCUGCCGACGCCCAUGCGUCUCAUGCUCAAAGGCGAGGCCUUCAGCCCCCACUAUUGGCGUGGCGUGCACUAUGCCUUGCUGGACAUGGUGCGGCAGGUGGGCUACCCUCGCAUCUUCUUCACCAUAGCCCCCUACGAGUGGAGCUUCCCCUACCACGAGUGGGUCCGCGACGAGAUGCAGAAGCUGCUCAAGGAGCGCCUCUUCCUGCCGGUGGCGGAGACGCUGCACAUUGUGCACGUCAUGGUCCAAACCGUGAAAGGCUUGCUGUUGGGGCGCACCGGGGGACGGGGGCGGCAGAAGGCUUGGAAGAGCAACAUCUUCCAUUGUCUUGACGAGCAGGGCCAGGCCCGCCGCCUGCACUUCUUCCUGCGCUUGGAAUAUCAAGAUGGGACCCGCAAGGCAGCCACGCAGGACUACCACGGCUCGGGCCGUGUCCACGUGCACGUCGUCAUCUUUGUGAAGCCUGAAGACGUCGAGCAGCUGGAUUUGGCCGAGACUGUGUCCGCCACUCUGCCCGAAGACUCGGACCUCCGUGGCUACGUCGAAGGCAGCCAGUACGACCAGGACAAGAAGAGUGGCUGGCCUAUCCACGAGGCACCAACCUGCUUUGACCGUGAGACAGGGGUCUGGCGCUUGCAGCACACGGAGGACGACCACGCCGAAGGCCUGCGCCCCUACCUCGUUGAUCUCAUGGAGGUGCUCCGCUGCCACCAAGACUUCCAGAUGUGCGACGACGACGGCCUGCUCCGCGCCUACGUCACCAAGUACGUCAGCAAGUUCUCGGACGCGGCCAGCGAGGAGUGGCUCAACGAUGACGCCGAAGCCAUGAGCAUCGCCGCCACCGUCCUCAUGCGCUACCGGCCACUGGAGCCCGAGAUGGUGCUGCAGCUCUUCGGUGCCAAGUUCCGCCAGUGGCACCUCUCCACCCAGAGCGGCGGCAAGCGCGACUUGGUGGCGCCCUACCCUGACCAGGAGCCCAAGUUGCGCGAGGUGGAGCUGUACGAGCAGGCAGACUGGGCUCGUGGCCGCAUCAGCCUCCUCGACUACUUGCGCAAAACCACGGCCGAGGGGAAGAUCUGCCACUGGCUCAAGAAGAAGCACGCGCAAUCUGGCAGCGAGGCCACCCUGGAGGACUUUGCUGCGAACUACGUGAUGCAAGGCGAGAAAGUCGUGGCCGCCGAAACGGUUUCCAAGUUCAACGACCGCUACUUUGGCCAGUGGCUCAUGCUGCAUGUUCCCUUCGAGGAAGCCACGGACUUCUGCCUGCCGGAGCACGUCGCCCGACGGCUCCCGGAAGCACACAAAUACUUCGCCAUGGCAAUCCUCUGCGAGCACUCGGUGGCGCAAGCCAUGUGGCAGGACGACGAGAAGAUCCGCGCCGAGCUGAAGAUGGAGGCGCACACCAAGGAUCACGUGGACACCAUCCUUGCCAUGAUCCGUGCGCACCGCGGCUUGCUUCAGGAAUACCUUGAUGGCUCCCUGGACGCCCGAAAGGACCGGCAAAACCAGGAGCAGUGCCGCGGCAAGACGCAGGCCCCCAAGAAGAAAGCAGGCCCCGUGGAUGCCAGCAAGUUCAACAGACAGCAACUCCGUGCUUUCCGAGGCUUCAAGGAGCUCGUGGACACCGCAGUGGACAGAGCGCUGGCCAUCGAGGAUGCCGAGGACGAGGGCGAGGCGGACCGUCUGCGACAAGAGGCGAGGGACAGCAAGGCCAACGUGUGCCUGGGACCACCCGGGACCGGCAAGACCACGGUGGUCUUCUCUUGCAUCGACCGUGCCUUGACCAAGGGCGGCAAGGUCUUGAUGGCUUUGCCGACCGCCCAGUUGGCCAGUCGCAUGAAGGCGCGCUACGGCCACAAGAUUGACAUCGACACCUGCCAUGCCGCAUUCGGCCUACAUGAAUCUGCAGAGCAUGGCGAGGCGUCCUUGCUGAGCAUGUACUCCCUCAUUGUCGUAGACGAGCUUUCGCAACUGGACAUGGUCAACUUCGACAGGAUCUUGCGCUUGUGGGCAGCUGCAGAGCGCAAGCCGGCCCUCGCGCUGCUGGGCGAUCGGUACCAGAUGCCCGGUAUGGGGGAGAAGCGCAAAUGGCAUUCGCGCCUUUGGAACACCAUGUGCUACCGCGUGGCCCUCCACAAAAUGUACCGCUGCAAGGACAAGGUGCACGCCAAGCUGCUGGCAACCCUCAGGACCGGCAAACCAAAUGCCAAGCUGCUCCGGCAGCUCCGCAAGAAGAUGGCGUGGCGGCCGCCGGGCCGUCCGACGGUGAAGGGACUCCAGAAGCUCCUCAAAUCCAAGCCCAACACGACGAUCCUGACUUGCACCAGGCGGGGCGCUGCUGUGGUCAAUGGAACUGCCUUGAAGGCCCUGUUCCCGAAGUACCCUCCGAUUGCGACUUUGCCAGCUGACGUGGACUCCAAUCCUGAGAACUAUGUGCAAGGCAAGCUGAAGCCACCUGCAGAGCUGCAGCCCUCCACUAUGCCUGUCUACAAGGGCAUGCGGGUAUACUUGACCCGCAACGUGCGGAAGGAUAUCGACUUCGUCAAUGGAAUGGAGGCGACGGUGCUGAAGUACGACGACAACACGGGCGGCCUCCUGGUGCGCACUGCCACCGGGUUCGUGGUCAGCGUCUGGCCAUGGACUGACCCGGAAAGGGGUGGCUUGGUCUACUAUCCCGUCCGGCCGGGCUACGCGUCCACCAUCCUGAAGUUCCAGGGCGCCGAGCUGCCUCACGUCGUGGUCUACCUGGAUGCCCCGAAGGUGCCUGCCGCGGCCUACACUGCCAUCAGUAGGGUCGGCUACUACAAGGACUUCUUGUUGGCGGGCAUCUUGACGGAGGAUCACUUCACUCCAGCCAAGUGA